AAGUGAGCCACGCCACCACACACAAGCUCCAAACAAAAAAAAAAAAAAAAAAAAAAAAAAAAAAAAAAGAAAACAUCACCAUGCCACAACUGCCCCCCACUGCGCGGGCAGCUGCCAGAUCCGCCGCCGCAGCCGCCGCCGCCGCCGCCACACGAGCAACAGUUGCCCGGGGCCCAUCACGGGCUGCCUUUUCCUCCUCGUCGCCCAGGCUGCCGGCGGACAUCGUCGAGCAGAAACUAAAGGUCAAGCGCAUCAUCUACACGAUCGGCUUCGCCGCCGUCAUCAUCACAGGCACCAUCUACGGCGCCGGGCUCAAGACCCAGCAGGAGUGGAAAGCCUCCAAACAGAAGCUGCAAGAGGCCACCGUCGAUGAAAAGGUCGCCAUGCUGGAGGCGCAGAAGGUCGACCUGCUGCGGCAGAAGGAGGAGAUCGAGGGGAAGCUGGCCGAGCUGAGGGCUCGGAUGAGGUCGGGGGCCGGUGAUGGUGAGGGACGCCAGGCGAGGGGGUGAAGUAAUGGGAAGAAAGACGCGCGGGGUGGCGGGUGGGGGAGGGGGAAUGCAGGGGCGUCGAAGCGCGAGGUCA